ACUUAUUAGACAAGGCAAUGGGUAAUAUAAAAUCAAGUUCCCUUGAUAAUGUUACUUUCUUCUCGUUCGGGAAGUUGAUCAGCAGCAAAUCCUCAACUCAGAAGUCCUCGAAGAUGCGUAGCAUCUCCACCCCAGCCGUGCUGCUCUUCCUUGGUGUUCCUGCCGUGCAGGCCUUUGACACACCCUGUAUCUACCAGGGCUACAAGUGUGGCUUCAAUCUAGCCGUCGAUUAUGGCUAUGAGAUUGCCGAGCUCGCCGACGCUGUCGCUCUGACAUCUUCUAUUCCCAACCUCUCCGAUCGUCAGCUUCUCCAGGUUCUGUACCGUUGCGUCGACAUCAACGGCGGGAUAGCUGGUAACUCGUUUUGCUUUGCUGGCUGCAUCGACAUGGGCGGGGCACUCUUCAACGAUCAAUGCAUAAUGUAACUACUCAAGCCGAAAUGCUCCUCUCCCUUAUACCAUAGACGCCUUGCUUCCUUUUCUUUGCCAAGGGCCAUACGGUUAUUCAGAGCGUGAUGGGCAAGGCAGGUUGGAUCAUGCAAUAUGUGCCGUUCCUAUUCGAUUCAAUACAUGCAUGGAUGCGUCGCCGUACCAUUUACAAUACGAGCGUGAGCAAUCAAUGUUGUAUAUGGAACUCUUGCGGAAAUUAAUGGCGAUUCACGAGCUUACAUAGCUCAAGGCAAGCGGAAAUUACAGGAUAAGCAGUUAAGUAUAUUCUGAUACCAUUCAUGAAACCACAGUAUAUCCCAUAAACGUUUCUCUUCUUCGUCUCCCGAUAAUACCAAC